UAAUUUGUGAAGGGUAUUAAGCUACAUCUCUGUUGGUUUUUAAACCUAUUUGAGUAGUUGUGACUCCCCAAAGGUCCCCUCAUUUCCGCAACUCGGCGAUCACAAUUUUAUUUGGAUUUCUCAGAGCUCUUUACCACCGUGCCCACCUACAUAAAUGUGUCCACAUUGUAUAUCUGAACGGUAAAUGUUCAAAAAGAGUGCAUAUGUAAAUAUGUUUAAACAAAUCGUUGCAGCCGCUAAAAAGAUAUUUACAAAAGACGAAAAAAGAAGAAUUAAAUAAAAUGUUCAGAGUCAAAUUCUUACCACUAGUAGUUAUGCAGAUCUGGCGCGUGUGCCUCUUAGUAACGGUAAAUCUAAUGAUCAUUCAAAAGAAAAAAAAAACUUUAGUAAAAGGAAAACAGAGAGUGAGAAAAUGACUACGAGAGAUGUCCAAUAGAAGAUCGCAUUCAACACUCUGGGGAGCGUUAGAUUUUCACGAUUUUCACGAUCUUCCGCUUUUCCGCUUAAUUUUUGACUUUUCACGAGUUUUCCGAGAACUUUUCGCAACACUAACAUUCAGUUCUACGACGGACGUUCGAGAGUUCGCAACGAUUUUCCUAACUUACCGAGCCGCUACAACACCGUUACGAGCGAACGUGCAAAUACCACUGUCCACUAUUGGUGCGAAAGGGAUGAAUAGAGACAGUUAUUUUUGAAUUUUAGGCAGAAUGAGCACUAUGAAAUAUGUAGAUUUUUUCAAAGUAAAAGCUGCAGCGGAAUACAACCAGUGAAUUAGCACAAGUUAAUGCGGAACCAUAAAUCCGAAAUUUUGACGGCAUAUUGCUAAUAAAAUAUUUUGUGUUGCUGCCGUCACCAUCACCAGCCGCCAUAACAUCAGCAACAACAUCAGCAUCAUCCUUAGCGCAUCAUCAGCGCCCCCCGCACAAACGUUAUAAAUUGAAAAUUUUCUAUUCCACGACGAUUUCCCCCCUAAAUGCAUCAUCUGUAUCCGUCGUUAAAAGGUGACCAAUUAUGCCCGCUGGGGUUCCAUCCCCAGACCCGCUAUCCGACACGCUGCAAACGUUGCUUUCGUGACUACAAAGAGCAUGGCGGACGGCGGGGUAUUGAAGAUGUGGCCGUCUCAUCGCCAAACUUAACGGACGGCGGCAAUUCCAGACCAUCGUCACGCACAUGGACCUCAACACAGAAUCUGUCGAGUUUUAAUGGCACGGGGAGCAGCAAUGAUAUCGAACUAAAACGACGUCCACAAUCAUGGGCCUCCACACCGGACAUCGACGAAGCGGACGAACAGGCGACAAAGACCAAAUCGCGUCCCAUUGGUCGUACGCAGGAGAACGAUGUGGACGUGACAUUGAAGCUACCCGUGCCGCCACGUCGGCAUACGACGGCGUUGGAUAUAAAGGAGGUGGACGAUUCCACAUCGAAGACAGCAUCCUCAUCGUCUACAUCAUCACCCUCGCGUUCUAGUAUUCCGGAGGAUCUAAUUAUCCUCUCCACAGAUAGCCUCGCCGAACGGGUACGUAAAAUGAAUUUGUUGAAGAAGCAGCGCCAAAGCUCCCGAGAAUCCAGUCGAGAACGUUCCAUACCUAAGAAGAGCGAUGAAAGUGAUAACAAUUCAUCCAGCGAUACUGAGAGCAAAGCGCAACCUGAUCGACCAGAGCGCAGCAAAUCCACCACAUCCAUGGCAGAAGCUGCCGUCAAACGCAAUUCGCUGCCCCCGAAGAAGGUUACAACCUCCAGCACAGCCUCCACAACUUCAUCCUUUCCCACAACAACUUCCACAGCAAGCGCCGGUAUCACACCGAAAGCAGUUAGUACAGCGUCGUCGACAACAAAUGGCGCGCGUAUGAAUUCCAUAAGCUCAACAGCUAAGUCGUCUGCAAGCACUUCCACAACGUCCGCAUCGAGGCAGCAAAAGGAAGAAGCAAGACGGUUGAAAUCUGCCGAAGAUGUGGAGUUUAUGCUGAAAAUUAAAGAUACCAAGUAUGCGCAUAAAAGACAAACGCACGAUAAUAGUUCCCUUACGACGGAAACGACAGAAACCACUUUGGUGGGUCCGAACGAUAGAGAGCUGCAUGAUGAGCUGAAGCGGUUGCGCACCGACUACGAAGCGAUGAAAUUACGUGCAGAGCGCGCCGAACGCGAAAAAAGUGAUAUUUUGUUGCGUCGGCUCGCCUCAAUGGACACCGCGUCGAAUCGGACCGCAGCCUCUGAGGCUUUAGUGUUGCAGCAAAAGGUAAACGAUAUGAAAGACCAAUUGGAAAAAGUAAACGAAGAGAAACGUAAGCUGAAUAUACGCAUGAAAGAGAUAGAAAAUAAUCCGAAAGGUAGCGAGUAUGAGCUAAAACGUAAACUACAGGCGGCCGAGCAGCUCUGCGAAGAGCUGAUGGAGGAGAAUCAGGAUGCAAAGAAGGAGAUCAUCAAUUUGCAGGCUGAAAUGGAUGAGUUGCAAGACACCUAUCGCGAUGAUGAGGUGAAAGCGAAAACAAAUCUGCAAAAGGAUCUAGAAAAGAUGACGAAAAACUGUCGCAUACUUAAUUUCAAGCUUAAAAAAUAUGAACGUAAGGUUGAGAUUAUGGAACAGGAGAAACAAAACAACUACAAUACAGAUUUGUUGACCAAGGUCAAUAAGCUUGAGGAAGAGCUUCGUUUUGCAAACGAAUUAACACGUAAAUUACAAGUUGAAGCUGAGGAGCUGCGCAAUCCGGGCAAAAGAAAGACGCCUAUGUUGGGCAUUAUUGGCAAGUCCACAUCUGCGGACGCAAAUCCACAGCCACCACUACAAUUAUUGCGCGACUUGCAAGACUCUGUGGAACGUGAAUCGGAUUUGAAGGACCAGCUGAAGUUUGCCGAGGAAGAGCGUCAAAAGUUGCAUCUGGUCAACGUUGGUACUCAAACGUUGGAAAUCCCUGAGAUUUUGUGUUUUCCGCGUGGCACACAAACGCGCCGAUUGUCUUAUGCGGAUGCUAACGUUGAAACACAUCCGUGCUUACUAACGACACGUGAAAACUUUACACAAAUGGCCCAAACGCAAAAUGUCGAAGUCGAUACACAAACACAAAGCAUUGGAACACGAGCAGUUUCCAUAGAAACUGUAAAUAAUAUUUGCGAUGCUUCGACUGAAACGGAUCCUAUUGAUGUUUUUGACGUCAGCACUGAAACUGAGAGUAGAAAAUCUUCGAUUGAUGCUCGCAUUGCAGUAGAAAACCAAAAAUCUUUUUGUGACCGUGAAUGUUCACCAUUUGCAAUGGUGUUUGCCGCAGUGGCGCCUAGGGCAACACCUGCAUUACUCUUUCCAACCGCAAUGUCGCAAGCGCUUAUGUUGGGCGCUAGUGCAGCUACACGCAAACUGAGCCCGAUACCACAUCGUCUGAUGCCUGAAUCGGCAGCUGAAAGGGACGAAGGUAUAUCCGAUGAGGAUGAUCCCGCCGAGUUACGCAUACUUUUGGAACUAAACGAACAAGAGGCGGCUAUACUGCGUCAGCGUGUUGAUGAUUUGGAGAAAGAAAAUCGUGAAACUAAAAGGCAUGUCAGAGAGCUGCAGGAGAAAGUUUAUCAGGUAGAGUCGGGAGACAAGAAAUCGUCUUUGCUCUCUUUCAACUCAACGCCGGCAAAUGCCGCAGAUAAGAAACUAAAAGCACUCACUGAGGAGCUAAUGCAGUUACGGAAAUCCUUAUCCGAUAAAGAUCGCACAAUCGAACGCUUGCAGUCGGAGAUUGCGGCUAAAACGGGCUCCGCGCUACCACAAGAUGUCAAUAUAGAUGCGAAGCGACAAUUGAUAUUGGUCGAACAAGAGGCGUCGGUGUUGCGCACGAAAAUCUCUACUUUGGAAAGCGAAAAUGAGAAGUUGCUGAAGGAUAAUAAACGCAUGCAAUUGCAGGCGUUACGCAAGAGUACGUCACUGGAUAAAAAUGGCGCGAAUGGGGAGGAGCUUCCGAAAUUGAAGGAAUCGCUUGAAAAAAUGGAGCGUGAACGCAAUGAGUUGGAUAGCAAAUUGAAAUGCCUAUUGCAGGAAGCUGAAGAGAAACUGCCCGUUCGCACGCCUAAACGUGUAACAGAUCUGACGCCAAAGAAUCAUUUAAAGAAAUGGAUCGAAGAGCUGGAGGAUGAGAUACGCGAAAUGCGUGUGAUAGUAUUGAAUAGUGGCGGUGAUAAAGUUAAAACGCUUGAGACUGAAAAGGCGACUCUGGAGGAGCAGUUGCAGAAAGCCAAACAGCGUUUAUCUGUAGCUGAGGGUGAUAUUGAUCGCUUAAAAACACUGACAAGUUCCUCACCGAAACUUAGUGAACUGGAGCAGAAAUUAAAGAAGUCUGACGAUGAAGCUAAAAAACACAGUUCUAAAGUCAAGGAGCUGGAAGAUAAGAUCAAAAAACAAGAUAGCCAGAUUAAGAAGGUUGAAGCAGCAAAAGCCGCGCUGGAAACACAGACAAAGCUUGACAAAGAAAAGCUAAAUACGCUGGAAAAGGAUUACGAAAAGGAGCGCAAAGAGCGCGACAAACUCGAGUCUAAACUUGCACAAUUGGAUGCCGAUCUUGCCAGUGCCAAGAAGUCAGCGGAAAAAACAAAAAUAACCCUUGAGAAGGAAGUAAAGGAACUCAAAGCUAAAUCUUCAAAAUCUGAUUCGAAACAAGUGCAAGAGCUUAAAAAGCAAAUUGAAGAACUGCAGAAACAAGUAGCUGAUGAAAAUAAACGUUACAAUGAUUUGAAUACACAUUGGGAAAAAUUAUCAGAAGAAACGAUACUAAUGCGCGCCCAACUAACCACCGAGAAAGAUAAUAUGCAAGUGGAGCUGAAUUCGCUACAACAAAAGCUCACUGAAAUGGAUGACAUACGUUUGGAACGUACAGAACUGGCGAAAAAACUGAGCGAAAUGAAACGCAAGUUGCAAGAAGCUGAGACGAAACAGAAUAAAAACGGCGCUUCUGAACAUGAGAAGACAAUGCUGAAAAAUAAAUUGGCAGAGAAGGAACUAGAAUAUGAUCGUUUGCGCCGAGAAAAUGAGAUGAAUAUAGAUUUAGUAUUUCAGUUACGUAAGGAAAAUGAUGAUUUAAGUAGUAAACUAAAUGAUUUUAAUCGCAUCGAGCAAGCGCAGUAUUCGAUUAAUGAGCAUAGUAGUAGCUUGCAGGCCGAAAUUAAAACACUGAAAACGAAGUUACAGAACUCGGAAUUACAGCUCAAAUCCGAUGUGGCAUCCACACGUCUGCGUUAUGAGCAACAAGUCAAGAAUUUGAGUGCCGAACUGACUUCCAUGCAGCGCCAAUGUGAGAAGUUCAAAAAGGAUCGCGAUGCCUUCAAACAAAUGUUGGAAUCCGCACAGAAAAAGAUCGGCGAACUGAAAUCGAACACAGGGCGUCAGAGUCGCAGUUCAAUGCAUAGCAGUGAUGAUGAUGAUAAGAGUAAAAUUGCAUAUCUUGAACAACAGAUCGGCUGCCUGGAGGAUCAGUUAGUUGAAGCACGUCUCGAGGUGAGCAAAGUAAAGACAGAGCUUGUAUCGGAGCGCAGUGCAAAUGAAAUAAAAAUAUCUGAGAUGCAAUCCAAACUCAAUGAAUUCGAGGAAGAUCGUGUCAUUGGUUCAGGACGUACAAAAAUACCAGGUAUGAAAACGAAAUUAGAACUCUCAUGGCAAAAGGAGCGUGAAGAUCAACAGCGCCUGCUGCAAGAAACCUCAACUUUAGCACGCGAUUUACGGCAAACGCUCUUUGAAGUUGAGCGUGAACGGGAUAAGGAGCGACUGGAAUCAAAGCGCCGUUUAGAUCAAUUGAAACGCUCAACCGAAGAGGAGAUGGAGGAGGGUCGACGAAAGAUCGCCGAGUUACAAUGUGACUUGCUCGAAUUACGUGAUGUGCACGCCAAACUACGCACAUCUAAUGAAAAAUUGCGACGCGAGCGUGAGCGCUACGAAAAGGAGUUGGUGAAACGACGCAUGGAACAAGAUGGUGGUGAGCGUAAAGUAGGCGCAUUGUUGCAAACCGUCGAUGAAUUAGUAAAAAUAGCGCCAGAUUUGAAGAUGGCAACAACAAGCAGUCGCUCCACAUCGAGCAGUGGCAACACAUUGCGACCGGAUGCAGCAGGUACAGCGCGACAACGUAGUCGCAGUCCAUCGCCCAGUAGUGCGCUUAAUAACUCACAAAUAACUAAUGUGCUGGCGCGUUUGGCUGAGGCAUCUGAGGAGUUGCGCAAAUUCCAGCGUCUAAGUGAAGAUGAAAACGAGCGAACGCGUAUGAGGCGUAGUAAUUUGCGACGUGCAGCAUCGCAGGAAAACGAUCCACAUGGCAGUCAAAGUUCAGUUGCAAGCGCUGUAGGCUCCACAAGGAAUGGUUCCAAGCUAUCGCGCUCGUCAGGGCAUAAUGGUAGCUUAAUAAGAAAGAGUCUGUCGCUGGAUCAUUCAAUACAGAAGGAUCAGAAUAUUUGGCGUCAGGAUGACGGCAGCGUUUCAUCAAUGCAGUCCAUUGAUUCUGAAUUGGGUGGCAUGGUGCGUGAUAGCAGUUUCGAUUCGCGUUUAUCUGGUGGCUCAACACAGAGUGACAUACCGCGCGGUCCGCGUAAGAAAAAGAAAAGCUUGAUGGGCAAACUGCGUAGUCUAACAAAGAGUAGUCGUAAUUCCGAGAGUGAAGUGUCGAUUCAAGGAUCUGACUCUGAUAUUAGUGUGGCCAGUGAUAUGCGCGCCAGCAAAAAAGACUUACGUGGUCGUUUAUCAGGUAUGUUUAAGCGUGCGGGUUCAACAUCACGUAGUGAGAGCACCGAACGCAUGGCGGCCGAAAAUCGUCCGGUGGCAGUAAUAGUGGUUGGAGAUGAGAAUGGUCCACAGCCACGUGAUCCACCGCCAGCAAAUGCUGCCACAGCGAAGCCAAUUCGUGCUGCGAUAAAACCACCGACGCCCACAACGCCGCUGACUAAACGACGUACCGCCAAGUAGAUGCACCAUUUUCUAUAUAUUGUAUUAGAAACUCGUUCCAUGCCACGGUAUUUCUUGUCCUACAUCCAUACAUAUUCUUACAUAGUACAUGCAUACAUACAUGAACUGUUUUCAUUAUUUGAUAUGUUAGUAGAGAGAGCGCUACUUUUUGCUGCGUAUAAGAGUCGGUGUCGAAUACGUCGGACAAGCGGAUAUAAUUCCAUUUGUAAUGGUUACAGGGCUUGCUGCGCAGCGUCCGACUCAUUUUUAAAAUAUUAUAAAUUGUAAAAAAAGUUUCUAUUAAUUUUAUUUAUUACAAAUAUUCAUUUUCUUAAUAUAUAAUAUCAUAAUGUUUAUGUCAUAAUACAAAAUCAUUAUAUUAGCCAAUAUGAAUCCAUAAAAUUACUGAAUUUUACUUUAUGUCCUGCUAAUGAUUAGAUUAAAUGAGGUACGCUUACAGCUAGCUGGCUUUAAGUUUUAA